UGUAAACCCCGGGAUCUGUAACGCUGCGAACAUUGGCACUUAUUCCGUAGUUGUGGACUUAAAGAUGAUGCCUGCAGAAAAAAGUCCUCCCAAAAUGAACUCGGUUGUAAUUUUAGGCUUGUUUUCUGAUGACAUAUUUGAUUUUCAGACAGAUUUGGGCCCGCCCACAUCUACGUUGAAACCUGCGUGUGCCUGCUGAUGUCAGCAACGCAAGACGAGCGCAUUUCCACAUGCAACGACGAGUGAAAAUUGUCAGGAGAAGAAUGAAGGCUCGGGCCCCUCCUCCACCAGCGGCCCCUCGUCACAUCUUUCCAAACACUGUACCCGACGCCAGCGUGGAAUCCAAAGAGAACUUGAUUAGACCUAGUGUGGAUUUUGAGUUGACUCUCCCGCAGGGAUACCGGAUAGCCAUAACUGAGGAUGGGAGUAAGCCGCUGAUGGACCUGCUGGUGGACCUGUGCGGCCGCUACCAUCUCAGUCCAGCGCUGCACACCCUGGAUCUGUUGUCGCCUGAAGGCCACCCUUUGGGGUUCAAGCCCAACGUGUUGCUGGGCUCACUCGAUGUGGCCUGCGUCCUCAUCAAGGAGAAAGCCUGCGAAGAGAAAGCGGUGCGCCGACCGGCACCAAAGGUCCCUGAGAAAACAGUGCGUUUGAUGGUGAACUAUCACAGUAGCCAGAAGGCGGUGGUACGGGUCAACCCGUUGGUACCCCUCCAGGCCCUGAUACCGGUCAUCUGUGAAAAGUGUGAGUUUGACCCUGCAUGUGUCCAGCUCCUGAAGGACGACGUCAGCCGCCAAAAGUUACCGCUGGACAAAUCUUUAACGCAGCUGGGAAUCAAUGAGCUCUAUGUUCUCGACAAGAGUCUAGUUCUGCAGCCUAAAAUGGCUUCCACUCCGGCUCUAAACUAUUCAGACUCCUUCCACUCCAGCACUAACAGUUUGGACAGGGGCGCUAGGAAAGGCUUUUUUGGUUUAUUCCAGUUUGGCAGGAGGAAGUCCAAGACCGAGACCACGUCUGUGGGCAUGGAUGAGCCUUAUGAUAGAAUAAUCCAAAAUGAAGGCCGCAGCUCCGCACAGUCCCCAGUCCGAGCUGCUCCCAACAGAGAGGAUCGACCGAGUACCUUGGGCCAAUCUCAUUCAGUCAUGAAUGUUUUCAGGACGUCACCAAAGUGUGACACCAAGAAGAGGAGAGCUCCAGCACCACCUCCUGGGGCCCUGACCUUCUCGACGCGACAAAGUAAUUCGGAGGAUUAUCAGAUGGUCUCGAGCUCAGAAAGCCAACAGAGGAAAAGAAAGGCUCCAGCCCCUCCUUCAACCCCAGAUUCCAUCUGCCUAGACCCUUAUUGUGCAUCUACCUCCGCUACUCCCACCCCUGAUAGCCCAGCAAGUGAAAAACAUUCUCCAGCCUUCUGCACAAAGAUGGUCCAGACAACCACAAUCUCUUCCACCACUGUAAAAACAACAGUGAAGACACAAUCCCUGAAGAUCAAGGUUCAGCCUCCAUCUGGCUUCACUGUCGCACCAGUCAGUGCCUCGCCGACUCCAAGCAGCAGCACUGCUGACAGCCACCUUCUUCAGGACUCGAGCUCUGAACUUAGCCACAGCCUUGACUCCGAUCCUGACACAGAUGACGCAGCUUCCCGGUAUAGUAGCCUCACCAGCAGUACUGCAAGCGGGUCAGUUCACAUGAAACUCCCUACGAAACGUUCCAGCACCAAAAUGAAGGAAUUGGACAAGAAUAGCAGUAUGAUGGGCAAAUUGGAAAUUCGGCCUUCUUUAACUAGGAUCUCCAAGACAGAGAGUGAGUCGCUCCCUAACCUUAAACCGGAUGAAGUUGAGAACAACAGACACGGCACAAUGGGAACAACUGAUCUCCCAGCGCCACCCAAGCCCCGUCGUUCACCAGCCUGGGAACGCCCUGACCAGUCUACCCCUCCUCCGUUGUCACUUGAAGCCACCAAAAGCAGAAGCACACGGAGCGCCACGCGAGAGGAGGAAGCUGCUUCCCAGUCUUGGUUCCAUUCUACAAAGAGAAUGGGAGCCAAUGUCCAGGCCCCAGAAAGUGAAACCGCUGAGGCUGAGACGUUGUCCUUGGGACACAGCAGCAGUGGCAGCAGUCUACCAGAUCAAGGUUACGCCGCCUCUGAGGGAAUGGUAGAUGGCGACGACUCAGGCCUGGUGAGCUCCCCGUCCGACACCUUUCCCACAUCCCCGAACGGGACUUUCUUUUUGGAGAGAAAUUGUGGAGCCGCACCAGAGAGACUACCUGGGCCUGUCCGAGACAUUUCCAGUGACAGUGAUGAGGGAUGUGCCACCUGGGGCUCAAAUAACAGCAAACUGCAGGCAAAAUCAGGAAAAGGAAACAACAACUUUGAUGAGAAAUGCAAAUGGUUCCAUCAGGCAAACAUGGAAGCAGACCUUCCAGACAUUUCAACAGGGAUUCCUGGUGUGCCGGUGUCUGUAGUGGACAUGAAUGUACCCGUCACAGCCAUAGAUGAGAUAUUGGAAGACUGCAAACCUCUUGUGGAAGACAAUAGGGCAGCAGUUCUCUCUGGGAUGAAGUUAGCAGAUCGGAAGGGUUCAGAGAGUCCUGCAGAGCGGUGCAACAAGAACAAUAAUGCUUGCACAGGUGCUUGCACUAAAAAAAGUAGCAUUGUGAAUGCUAAACCUGAUCAGUAUGGGAUCACACUGGGAAAUGGGUCAAGUGAUUGUACAAAGGAAAAGAAAAAUGACGACGUGAAAGGGGAUACACAAGGACGGUUAGCAGUCAAAGCUAACCCUAACCCUAACUCUCGGCAGGAACACUGCAACAACACGACGAUAACAAAUCCAACAGUCAGAUCUGAUCUGUUGAUGAAGAGUAACACUCAUAAUUUACAUGAGGACAGUGCUGUCCUCCCCCAAGCCAGCCAGCGAUCACUGUCCACAGAAAAAGUAGACAAUCACAGUCCUUACCAAAAUAACUCCAGCUCAUAUAUGGGGCCCAGGAAAGUUACGUGCAAUCCCACCUCUCGAUUGGGUAUGAAAACAUUCACCAUUGUGCCACCCAAGCCCUCUGUCAUGCAGGGUGGUUCGCAAAAUGCGUCUGCCGCUUUAACUGCUGGUGCUAUUAAAAUUGAUGAGCAAGGAAAUAUCAUGAAAACGCGCGGCCACCGCAGCAAAGUGGUUGAUGCAACAGAAUCUGGAAUUACCAGAAGCAAGGAGUGUCCUCUUGUCGGAAAAGCCAAAGCCUUUUGGAGCGGUAGUGAAAAACAAGAAUGUGCUCUUCCUUGUAGCGCAGGUGUGACUGACAAGGCAAAGGGGAGCUUCGAGAACAUGAAAGGUACUCGCACAGCGGUGACCGCAUUGACCACUGACAGACAAGAACUCCAGAAAACACAACACACCUUUACGAAUACUGCAAAAAGUGCUGCGCCCAAAGAGACUGGUGGAAAAAUCAAUAAAACAAUGAAUAAUGUCCUCAUUGCAAAUGAGCCACCAGCAGAAAUGGGUAACAUUUCAGUACUUGGACGUAUUAAACAACCACAAGCGGCACUCCCUUCAGAUCUUCCUCCUUUCCUCAAACCAACCAGACGUACAUCAAGCCAGUAUGUGGCGUCUGCCAUCAAUAAAUACACCCCGAUGGCAUCCGCAAAACCCAACAUUGUGUCCUCGCCCUCCCAGUCCUCUCCUUUAUCACAGAACUUUGCUUUCCAUACACUAGGUCACGCCGUACAAGUAAAUCCACGGCAGUCCUCCAAGAUAUCGUUGACAGAAAAUAACACCAAGAAGGCGGGUCUUUGCCGCCCUGGUCCCGUGAGGUCCAUGAGCGACCCCGAAUUUGUGUCGGAAAGCCAGAAAGACAUCAGAGAUGGUAAGGAAGGAAACUGUGGUGAAUCCACCAAAGACGGCUCCUGUUCACUUGGACCAGUAUCAGACAGAAUUAAACACUUUCAGUCAAGUGGUCCCACUCAAAUAACUGAACGUGAAAGUAGAGAUGUUAAAGCGAAUCAGUGUCGAAGUCCCAGCCCUACACACAGAACUCAACCACAAGCUCCUGCCAAACCCCCGGCAGCAACACGUCCAACAGCUGCUGCGAAACCAGAACCUUCCCGUAGUAUGUCAGACAGCAGCGUCGUGCCUGGACCGCCACCUGUGAACGUAUUCGGACCAGUUAAGAAGUUCAAGCCAGUGGUCUGUAGAUCUUUUGAGAAAGAUGCCUCUCUGCACAGCAACCUAAUGGAGGCCAUCCAGGCGGCAGGAGGCAAGGACAGGCUCAAGAAGAUAUCCUCAUCUGGUGCCAGGAGCCAGAAGGAGGCCCCCCCUGACGAAAAUGAGAGGUCUGCUCUUCUUGCCGCUAUUCGAGACCAGAGCAGCACUGGCAGGCUGAGGAAGACUAAAUCUGGGGCUGCAGAUGAGUUGGCAAAGUUCAAAUCAGCGUCAGGCGAGCAAAGGGCAGACGCUCCCUCUUCUCCCUCGCCAAUUUCUUUGACUUGCACUUUUCCGGCAUCAUCCACGCUUGCACCUCCUCCUCCUCCGCUCCCCUCGGACCAGUCGAAGCCUUCCGCUGUGGCGCAUCCAAAUGCCAACGCCGUCUUGAACCCCGCCUUGGCCAGGGAGGCCAUGAUGGAGGCCAUCCGCUCUGGAGCUGCUGCCGAGAAGUUAAAAAAGGUGGCAGUGCCCACAAAGACGGUCCAAGUGAACGGCAGAAUGGGAACAAUGCACGCAACCUCGUCCUCCAGUCUUCGUUAGGAAUGAGCAUAGCAUCACAAGUAAAAACAUUUCCAAGAUUCCUCUGUUGGUCGUGUUUGACCCGCCGCGCUUUGGAAUGGACGUUUAUAAACCGGUCACGUUAAGUCCGUGUUAGAGAUCCGAACGCGUGGAACAAAACAGUUUGCCGUCUCAUAACGUACUCCCCGGCUCUUUGACUUCUUGUCCGGUGCUUCCUCAUUAAAGACGUCUGAAAACUGUUAUUUUCACGUCGUUUUGGGACGAAUGUUUAGUUGCAAACACUUGUCUCAAAAAAGCUGUCGCAGGUGAAAGGUUUUAUGAAAUCAACUCAGUCACCGGCCGCCUUCUGCGAGAUGCGUCCGUCUCGAUAACACAAAAACUUGCUUGACUCUAGUUUUUGAGGUUUUAACUGGAGCGUCGAUCUACAGAAAAAAAGUGCCAAUGAAAGCAGAAUAUUUCACAUGGUUUGUGCUACUUCCAUAGCCUGCUCUUUUGUUCGGUUAGUUUUAUUUUUGUCUACCGCAGCUGAGAUUUGGAUGCCUUAUCAUGUUGUGUUGCUCAGUGUUAUUAUGUACAAAAAUGUUUUCUGUUAGAAUUCCAAACGUGGUGCAAUGCGUUCAAGUUAGUAUGUCCUCAUUUGAAAUACUUAACACAUUGAAGUACACUUAAGAGUGUAUUUUCUGUAGCUGUGGUAAAGAAUGCCAAGUUUUACAGUAAUGCUGGUGUGGAGGAGAAAAAAAAAAUGCUUUGAGCCGCAAGUGCCUGCUAGCUUGUAAUGCUAUAAUGUAAUGUUUUGGCUUCCAACUUUUCAUUUGUGCUGCUAUUUAACGCAAAGAGCUUCAUGCACGUGCUUGUUCCGCAGGGAUGCUUAUAUAAAAACAUAUAUAGUACAAGACUAGUAGCUAACAUUAGAUUUUUACAUUUACAAAGAGGAUCUGAAGUUGUCUCUCGUUUUUUUUGUUCAAGAAAUACACUGCAGGGCAGCGAUAUGAGUUGAUGAAGAAACAACUACAUGACUUGCGUGUACUUUGGCUUUGCAAUAUUCAUGUCAUGCAGCGGAGCCGUUUUUGGAAACAGGGUGGCUUAGAGUGCGUGCGUCGUUGCACUCAAUACCGCUAUGAAACGUUUACAGUUCGGAGUAGCUGUAUUUGGUUUGGGAAGAAUCAAUUGCUGCCAUUCGUAUGCGUUUGGAUUUUAUGUUUGUUUGGAGUGACGACACUAAAGCGUCCAUAAGCAUGUGUAAAUGCUCGCUGCUGUUGAACAAAAUGAGUGAAGCGAUUUGAGUUCCACAUAGAUGAAUUUAUCUUCCUUUUUCAAACUAAAAACAUGAAUUUGUUUGUUUUAUCCAGGGAACAAAAACCCCUGAGAUGGUUUUUUUAAUUGUCUUACUAAAAUGUGUUAUUUUCUUCUAUGCUGGACGAUUGGAUUGACACACAAUAGACCACAUUUCACAGUAGCAUUGUAUAUUUUGUAAACUAAAUGACUAUCACUACGGGUUUAUUUUUAUAUUAAUAGAAGCUCUUUGAGCGGAUGGCUAGAGAUUUAUAUAAGCCACUGCAUUUGAUGUCGUCGCCCCCCCACCAAGAAGUUUGCACAAUGAUUUUCUCUACCUACUUUUUGACUGAAUAAAUAAUUUUGUAAUUGCA